AAUAAAAAUGAUACACAAAGAAAUUAUGAUAAAAAUCCUAAUAAAAAUUUAUCAAGUGAAAAUCUGGAUAAUUUAAAUGAAAUUUCUAAUAAAACUUUAAGUAACGAUUCAGAUGAAAUUUAA